ACACCUCCCUUUCACGUGUUCGCCAUCUUGUUGAUGGAAACAAAAAAAUCACACACAUUCGAGAAAUGAUUUAAAUUGGCGUUCAGCUCUUGAGGAGAAGAUAAAGCAGACAUAAAUCAAAAGAAGGAUCAUCGAGUCCUCUAAAAAUCUAACUGAUUGGGUCAUUGAUUCUGUAAAACCUCGAUAUCUCUUAUUAUUCUUUUGCCUACUUGGUUUUAGGCCAUAUUUCAUCAACACAAAGUUAUAAUAGGAGAGCAAAUUAAAAAUUAACAAACAUGCCACAGAAUGAGCAUAUUGAGCAGUCCAUUAAAAGACAUGGAAGACGUCUUGACUACCAUGAAAAACUUCGCAAGAAGCAAGGCAGAGAGCCACAUGACAGAGCACUCAAAGCAAAAAAACUUCAUGGUUUGAAGGCAAAACUAUACAACAAGAAGCGCCAUGCAGAAAAAAUACAAAUGAAAAAGACAUUGAAGAUGCACCAAGAAAAGAAAACAAAAGCAAAAGAUGCAGAGAAAGUUCCAGAAGGGGCUGUGCCUGCAUAUUUACUUGAUAGAGAAGGACAAACAAGAGCAAAAGUACUCAGUAAUAUGAUAAAGCAAAAACGAAAGGAAAAGGCUGGCAAAUGGGAUGUUCCUUUGCCAAAAGUAAGAGCAGUUGGUGAGGAUGAGGUUUUCAGAGUCGUCAAGACUGGAAAAACAAGACGAAAGUGCUGGAAACGAAUGGUCACUAAAGUAACAUUUGUUGGGGAUGCUUUUACAAGAAAACCUCCAAAAUAUGAGCGUUUUAUCAGACCAAUGGGCCUCCGAUUUAAAAAAGCACAUGUAACUCACCCAGAGCUUAAAGCAACAUUUUGCUUAUCUAUUAUUGGAGUGAAAAAAAAUCCCCAAUCACCAAUGUAUACAACACUUGGGGUCAUAACAAAAGGAACUGUCAUUGAGGUAAACGUCAGUGAGCUUGGGUUGGUAACUCAAGGUGGAAAAGUUGUCUGGGGAAAGUAUGCACAAGUAACGAACAAUCCUGAAAAUGAUGGUUGCAUAAAUGCAGUGCUUCUUGUAUAAGCAAUAUCAUUCUGUAUAUAUUCUUUAUAAAAAUUGGAUGUGUCAAAAGUUAUGUUCGUUUUAAA